AGUUGGCAGCACUAGUAAACACCGGCUGUAGUUCUUGCAAAUAAAUGGACUGAAAUAAGCAUAAACACACAAAGUAAACAAACUUUAGAUUUAGUAUGGCGAAUUCCAAUACAAAUCAACCGCAUCCAACGGGAACAUCAUCAGCGACUGCUGCCCAGACACCCACAGCGGCACAGAGUCAUCCAACAGCCGCGGCAAUUGCGACUAAUUUCCGAGAGUUAAUAAAGGAACCUAAGGGAUUGGACGAGGCGGCCAGCUAUUUGUAUCAGACCCUUUUAGACGAUGCAGUGGCCGGUAUAUUUAUAGAGACACACCAUUUACGUAAAACCAACAAUUUGACAGCACUUGAUGGCGUCGGGGAAGACAAUGCUGAGACAGCUUAUCGAAUCUGUGAGAUGCCAAAUUUGGAUAUAUUUGGCAUAUCAACGGCAAAGAAGCCCAUGGAUUGCACUUGCCCCAAUUGUGAUAGGUUAGUGGCAGCGGCCCGAUUCGCUCCACAUCUGGAGAAAUGCAUGGGCAUGGGCCGCAUCUCGUCUCGCAUUGCCAGCCGAAGACUGGCAACCAAGGAGGGAACCAGCGCCAGCUCCAGCUCCUCAUCAACGUAUCAACAGUCCGGCAACACAGGCGGCACCGACGAUGAGGACGAUGUUGACUGGUCGUCCGACAAGCGCAAAAAGAAAUCAACACAGAACUCACGCAACAACGGAUCCAAAAAGAACAAUGGAAAAACUUUUUAAACUGACUUAAAACUGUCUGUCGUUUAUUCAAGGAUCGCAAAUAAGUGUUAUGAGUUUUAAAAAUCAAACAAGAGCAAAUGACAUGGAUAAAAAGGGAAAAUAUUGCAAAUACCAUUUCUGGCAAAAGUAUCCUGAAAACCGAAUAAAAUUUUACUUAAAAAUUCUA